AUGAUUGCUGAUGGGACAGUUCUGCUGGAGGCAGCUGUGCUCUGCGACCAGCAUGGUCUCUCCUACUUCAAACGCAUCGAGAGCACGCUACAAGAUCUGAAAGGGAGCAGCCAAGAUCAACCCAGUGAACAGACAUGCAGUGUGGAAAUGAUGAGGAAACUGAUCACCACCAUACAAGAACAACUGCCAUGCCAGAGGUUCUGGCAGGUUGAAAUCAUGGUGUUGGUCAUCAAACACAUCGCAGUUUCUACACAGGAAGGGGAGUCAGACAAUCUCUCUGUGCUCUUGGACAACGGACUCACUGAAAUGCUAGUGUUUGUGUUUGAAGAGACCAAGAGACAUGUUUCCCAGAAUGGAAGAGAAGCUCGUCCCGAAGCCGAUCAUUUGAUGGAAGUCUUGUUCGAAACUAUCAAUGAUGUUGCUGAAUACAGUGGAGCAGCAAGAAAAUUAAAAGUGGAAGCCUUUUGUGCAAGAUUGAUCAAGCUUGUUAUCAACAGUAAAAUAAUUUUCCAUACAAGAAUGGAGGCGGAGAGGACCUUGAACCUGUUGCUAGAAGGAUGUGAAGAUGAAGACUUGACCUGGGUCGGUGAAGAUCCCGUCAUAGCAAAGCUUAUGCAGCAUCUAGCUGAAUUUCUACCAGUAGCGGGUGACUUUGAGAUGCAGAUUGCAGUCACAGAAUCCUUGGCGAGAAUGGUGACGAAAAGUGAACGCAAGAGAAGGUCUCCUGCAUGGUUUCCUUCAGGGACCAUCAGUGAAGCUUUUUUAGCCAUCGAUGACCAGCAGUUUGAUUCAGACUGCCGCAUAUUUCUGAACCUCUUGAAUAAAAGUUGCCCAGGUAGAAGUGUUUAUUCUUACUCAUGUAAGAAAGCUUUCUUGGGAGAUUAUGAGUUUGGUUGGUGA